AUGGACGAGCUUCAGCACAUACGUACUCUUCUUCGACCUCCUCCAAUACCUGGCAUCCCAGAUUGGGGAGUACCUCCCGAACCAGGACCCAACGAACAGGAGCCUUGUGAUCCUGCCAUCGAGGCCAAACUACUACAAUUUUACCACCUCAAACAUCCGACCACAGUCCCCUCUUCGUCCGCUACAUCGGCCUCUGAUCCAGUUCCUACGCCAAGGCAUUUCAACGACUCCCUCAUGUCCAAUCGCUCCUUUCGUAAUCCUCACCUGUACACGAAGCUUGUGGAGUUUGUCGACGUUGAUGAACGAACAACAAACUUUCCUAAAGAGAUUUGGAAUCCGUAUCAAGUUGUAGACGGACCAAACGGAUGGGAUGCUGAAAAAAUUGCGGCCUAUCAAAAGUCGCGGUCAGAACAGCAAGCGCAGGCACAGUCGUCUGGCAAGCGUACGCACGUAGACUUCACGUCCUCAUCCCACCACAUUUCGGCGAAGGAGAAGAACUGGGAACGCGAUAAGAUUAAGUAUAAUCCAUAUAGCGCCGGUACUAAGGGCGCUGGAUAUGGGGGCCUAAGAGGAAGGGUGCGUUUGGGUAAGUAA